AGAGUUUGCUCGCUGGAAGGUGAAUAAUUUGGCCUUGGAGAGGAAAGAUUUCUUCAGCCUGCCACUUCCCCUGGCCCCCGAAUUCAUCCGCAACAUCCGUCUGCUGGGACGCCGGCCCAGCCCCCAGCAGAUCACUGACAGCCUCAUCAAAAAGUAUGGGACCCACUUCUUGCUCGCUGCCACGCUGGGAGGAGAGGAAUCCCUGACCAUUUUUGUGGACAAGCGCAAGCUGAACCGGAGGGCAGAGCCCGCUGGGGGGGCUGGGAACAGCUCAGGGGUCUCGCUGGAGACCCUGCACCAGCUGGCAGCCUCCUACUUCAUCGACCGGGAGAGCACACUGCGCCGGCUCCACCACAUCCAGAUCGCCACAGCUGCCAUCAAGGUGACUGAAACACGGACGGGGCCACUUGGCUGCAGCAACUACGACAACCUGGACUCAGUGAGCUCUGUCCUGGUGCAGAGCCCCGAGAACAAAGUGCAGCUCCAAGGGCUGCAGACAGUGCUCCCCUCCUAUCUGCGGGAGCGGUUCGUGGCGGCUGCCCUCAGCUACAUCGCCUGCAGCUCAGCUGGGGAGCUGGUGUGCCGCCGGAGCGACUGCCGCUGCCAGUGCCAGCCCGCCUUCCCCCGCUGCAACUGCCCUGAGGCUGACAUCCAGGCACUGGAGAGCAGCCUGGCCCAGCUCUGGCGAGCCUGGGAGAGUCACCACAGCCAGUUCGAGGAGUCAGAGGAGUUUCAGGCCCUGGUGAAGAGGCUCCCUGGGGACCGUUUCCUGAACAGGACGGCCAUCUCCCACUUCUGGGCCAUGGACCUGGAUGUCCAGCAUCGCUACCAGCAGCUGGGCACCAGCCUGAAACUGCUCUCCAGGAAAACCCACCGACUCAUCCGGCGGCUCUUCAAUCUCAGCAAACGCUGCCACCGGCAACCUCACUUCAAACUGCCGAAGGAGAGGUCCCUCCCUUACUGGUGGAGCCGCGCGCAGUCACUCCUGUACUGCAGCGAGACCACCAUGCCUGGGACCUUCCUGGAAGAAAGUCACAGCUGCACAUGUCCCUCUGACCAGCCCUCCUGCCAGGGGUCCAUACCGUGUGCCUUGGGCGAGGGGCCAGCCUGCACCAGCUGUGCCGAGGACAACAGCACCCGCUGUGGAACCUGCAAUCGUGGCUACGUGCUCACCCAGGGCUUCUGCCGCCCCGAGGUGGCCGACUCACUGGAGCACUACCUGGGGCUAGAGACAGACCUGCAGGACUUGGAGCUCAAGUACCUCCUGCAGAAACGGGACAGCCGCAUCGAGGUGCACUCCAUCUUCAUCAGCAACGACAUGCGCCUUGGGAGCUGGUUUGACCCCUCCUGGAGGAAACGCAUGCUCUUGACCCUGAAGAGCAACAAGUACAAGCCCGGGCUGGUUCAUGUGAUGUUGGCCCUCUCUCUGCAGAUCUGCCUCACCAAGAACAGUACGCUGGAGCCCGUCAUGGCCAUCUACGUCAACCCCUUCGGGGGAAGCCACUCAGAGAGCUGGUUCAUGCCCGUCAACGAGGGCAGCUUCCCAGACUGGGAAAGGACUAACGUAGAUGCCUCUGCCCAGUGCCAAAACUGGACGCUCACCUUGGGCAACAAGUGGAAGACCUUCUUUGAAACAGUCCAUGUCUACUUGCGGAGCCGCAUCAAGUCUCUGGAUGACAGCUCCAACGAGACGAUCUACUACGAACCCUUGGAGAUGGCAGAUCCCUCUAAGAACCUGGGCUACAUGAAAAUCAACAGCUUGCAAGUCUUUGGCUACAGCCUGCCCUUUGAACCAGAUGCUAUUCGUGACCUGAUCCUUCAGCUGGACUACCCCUAUACCCAGGGCUCCCAGGACUCAGCCAUGCUCCAGCUGCUGGAGAUCAGGGACCGGGUGAACAGGCUGUCACCCCCUGGCAAAACCCGCCUUGACCUGUUCACUUGCUUGCUCCGCCACAGGCUCAAGUUGGCCAACAAUGAGGUGGCAAGGAUCCAGUCCUCCUUGAGGGCCUUCAACGCCAAGCUGCCCAAUGCAAUAGAGCAGGAGACAGGCAAACUGUGCAGCUAACAGCUGGGGCUGCUCAGAUCUUGGAGCAAGGGGGCCAGGAGAAAGG